GUCUACAGUCUGCACUCUGCACUCGAUGGAAUUGAAUACAAAUUAAUAAAUACCUAACCUAAUACCCAUGUCCUAUUCUAUAAAACAAUACAUCCUAAUUUAUUAAAUAAUAAACACUUUGCAGUUAAUGUUUUGAAUUUGUGCUAUUUUAAGUUUAUAUACAAUGGAGAGUAGUGCUGAUGAGAAUGAAAUUUCUGAUGUAGAUGAUAACGAGAGAACUGCUAUAAAGCAAGAGCUAUCCAACAUGUCAUUUGAAGAUCUCCAAAAAUUAAAAGAAAAAAUUGGUGCCAAGGUUUACAAAGAAGUUGUGUUUGGUAAAAAUAAAAAUAAUGAAAGACCUAAAAUGUUCACCAGAGAGAAUAAAAAUAGGCCUCGAGAGGUUAGUGCAAAGAAACCAGUAAAAAUGCAACUAGAUAUUGGUGCUGUGAAGAAGAAAGAAGUGCGUGAUCCUAGGUUUGAUCCACUAUGUGGUACAUUUGACAAGAAGCAGUUUAACCAAGACUACGGUUUUCUAUCUGAUAUGCGAAUGAAUGAUAUGAAAGCAAUUAGGAAUGAGCUAAAACAAACCACUGAUCCGGAUAAGCAACUUCAAUUGCGUAGACUUUUACAAAGAUUGAAGGACAAACAUAGAGCCAGUAAGAGAGAGAAAUUCGAAAAGGAGAAGAGAAGUAAAGAGAUUGAGCUUGUGGAAGAGGAAUUCAAGCAAGGCAGACAACCACACUUUAAGAAUAAGUCGGAACUACGAGUUGAGUCCUUAGUACAACAAUAUGAAGAACUCAAAAAGAAGGGUUCUGGCAGAAUACAGCGUCAUCUCAAACGCAGACAGCAGAAAAUUAAAAAGAAGUCAUUUAAAACUCCUGUGGGUGUCGAUUGAUGUUAGUUUUAAGUGUAUAUUAUAAUGAUUAAAGUUUUUAUUGCAAGG